UCGUGAAGACUGCCACAGUGCAGGCGGGUGCAGGCUACAGCACGCCACGUCGUCCUUCUCACGUUGUUUUUCUCCGCUCACACAAGUGAUGACUACUAACACCACGGAUUGUCUGCCCUCAUGGCUGGACAAGGAUUUUGCUGAAAAAUCUCUUAAGGAUUCCAACAAUUAUCAAGACUUCAGGGUCCUCUCCGUAGAUGUACAACGAUCAUCAGCUAUAGGAGAAAACUUCAUGAGUGAAAUCUUUCGUAUGACUGUGGAACUAGAGCAUAAAGUCAAGCGGCAUAAGGAAACUGUGUCAUUAAUAGUAAAAUUAUUUCCAGGUGGAGAAGUUAUGCAGAAAAUAGCACAGGACAUGCAAGCCUUUGAGAGAGAGAUCCUCAUGUUCAGUGAAACCAUUCCUGCAAUGACACAGAUAUUGCAGAAAGCAGCCCCUGGUAAAUACACACAGUUAUCUGCAAUGUGUUUCACCUCUGGGGCUCAGCCAGUUAUCUAUGUAGUCCUCGAGGACUUGAAGGCCAGAGGCUUUGCAAUGGCAGAGAGGUGCAAGGGACUGGACUUGGCUCAUGCAAAACUUGUUGUCAGGAAACUGGCUGAGUUCCAUGCAUCUUCCAUUGCACUGUAUGCACAGAACCCUGCAUCAAUGGACAAAUAUAAGAGUUUUCAAUUGUUUGAAGGAGAAACAGGUAAGCACACAGAGUCCUUCUUGAAACUAGGCUGCAAAGGUCUCGCAGAUCAGCUGGAGACAUUAGAGAAAUCAUACUCACAGUAUGCACCAAGAGUCCGAGCUCUCUCAGAAAACCUAUACCCACGUCUAGCAGAGAUGGCAAGACAGAAGGGAAAGUUUUGUGCCUUAGCUCAUGCGGAUACCUGGACCAACAACAUUAUGUUCAAAUACUCUGGUAGUGCCGUCCAAGAUGUGGUUCUACUUGACUUCCAGGUUUCUUGCUACUAUUCACCUUCAAUUGACUUACAUCAUUUUAUACACACUAGUAUUACAGAACAAGUGUAUGCUGAUCACUUAACAGACCUUUUGAAAGAGUACUAUAAUCGUUUAAUGGAAGUUAUGGAAGAUAUUGGUAUCAGCAGAGACAAACAGAUAUCCUUUGAGGAGGUGCUUGAAGACUUUGAGGCCCACAUGCUGUAUGGCUUGUACAUAGCAAUAACAGAGCUUCCAGUUGUACGCAGUGAAGGGGAAUCUGGUUUUGAUGUAGAGGCAUCUAUGAAAGGAACAUACACUGAUGAUAAUAGAAGUGCUUUUACAGGUGCUGUGUAUAUGCAAGCUAUAAAACGUAUGCUGCCAGAAUUUGAAAAGAGAGGUUUAUUGUGAAGUUUUUAGUAGUUUAUGUUCCUUCCACAUUAUAAAUUAAAGUGAGGCAGACUGACUGAAUUUUUUCCAAAUAUCAUGAUUGCAAUUAGCUACUCAUCUUAAGUGAAAUUUGUGUAUUUAUAGUAACCAGCUUUAAUAGCAUAUCAAGUUCUGCUUUGAACCUGCAGUAACAACAUUUGUACAGAAAUUUCAUCAGUACAUAAUGAUAAAGUUUUGUUUUGUACUAGCAUUGCCAGAAUGCAUGUAAGAUUUUGCACCCUUGUUAAUAAACUACUAUAUAUACAUGACUUGUAGUAUUAGACUUUAUGUAAACUUAGUUCCUCCAAUGCUAAGUAGCAUACUGGGAAACAAGUUUCUGACAGUGAACUUGAUCAGCUGCAGUUUUCAGCUUCAUCUCAGUUCAUGUACACACGUUGAACAUCCUCUGAAAAAGUUCAUUUCCAAGUGUUAUGAGGUCUCCUCUACUUCUAUUCCCAUCUGUUGGUUUCCAUAACAGUGCCAAUAUGAGGAUUCUUCCCUCCUUUUUUUUUAAAUGUGUAGAACAUAUUUUGCAUGUUUCUGUCUUCUUUCAGCAAUGAUUUUGUGUAGACCAUUUCUUCUCAGCAUUUCAUAAUUUGAAACAUAGUCACAAUAGGUGAUCUUCAAAAUUCACCUCAAGCAUCAUUGAUGAAAAACAUUGAGCUUGUAUGCUGAUUCUGCUGACAUUUUCCAGGUCUCUCACAUGUACAUGGCCAUUGUUAGGAUGGUACAGGAGGACAGCUAAAGCUUUGUGAACAUACUUAUGAAGUCUAAUUGCCAUAUGCAUCACAUCUUAUAGUACCUUCUGUUGCACUACAAUUUGGGUAGAUACAUUUCCACUUCUUAUGGACAUUAUUUUUGUUGCAUCACUAUUUACUUUUACUCCUACAGAAGUGGGCAUUUGAUCCAGCUUGGUAGACAUUAGUUGUAAACUCUGUGGUGUUUCUGUCACAUUAGAGCCUACAUAAUAAUUAUUUUUGAUGAAAAACGCUUCUGAGACUGUGAAAAAAACACCCACUAUGUUUUGUUAUCAGUGUCAAAGGUACCAGUUUUACACGGACUAAAUUAUAUAUAUAUAUUUUUUAUAUUGCUCAGUUCGUGAAAGAAAGUCACAAAACUGGAAGUGCUGCCAGCCUCUUUGGACACUGUACAGUCAGCCUUGUUUGAUUAUUAUGACAGAAACCACGAAUCAUUGACUCACAUCAGGGACAGUAUCAACCACAUCAUUGAUGCAUUCAUCCAAAAUUUUAAGGCCACCUAUGGAGACCAACUACCCCCUUGCAGAUUUCAGUGGGUCACUCUACAAUUGGUCAGGGUACAGUUCUAAAAUGAUUCAAAAUGUCAAUCAACUGCAAGGGCCUCACCACUUUUCAUGUAGGUAAGGCAGAACAUUAGCAAAAUGUUAAGGAAAGAAGAUGAGAUAGUGGCCAGAAUUCCUGAAUAAAAUCAUUUGCACAACAGAAGGCCAGACUCAUAUAGAAGAGUAUCAAGAGGGGUUCCAACUGUAUGAGGAGGUGCCAUGUUAUAGGAAAAGUAGUUUGCAGACCAGACCAGGAGAUGCGCAAAUAAUGGCAAAACAUUUCAUAGAAGUGCCCACUACUGCCAUCCAAGAGCCAAUGUUCUUCCAUCACUGAAAAACUGUGCAGUGAAUAAUUCGGGUCUUUUAACUGCUCCUUCUCCAUGUGUGAGGUUGAAUAAUUAUUGUCACAUGGCACCUGUUUGUGAUGAAAAGCUGCAGAAAAACAAUCCCCUGUGCCAAGUUCACUUGCAUUGAGGAGGCAGGACAACUCAGAAGGAUUUCUCUAACUCAUAUUCAUAUGUUUGUUGUAUGGUUCUAUUUUUUAAUUGCAUGAACCUGGGAGAGGAUAGUAAAACUCCAACUUGUCUGGAUUGCCGUCUAAUCUCUUCCAGUAUGGGUUCAAGAGAUGUUGAUCUAUUACUGAUAACACACCACUGCUGGAAGCACCUGUGUAAAUAAUUUUCCUACACAUGUAAAACCUAGUGGGUGUUUUUUCCAGCAUUGAGAAAGCUUCACACGCCACUUGAAGAUGUAAUUUUCUAGGAUAGUUCCAUUCAUGGGGUUCCUGUGAUUAUGUUCCCAUCUUAUUGUGGUUCAUCCUUUUGGUGUGCAAUUUAUGGUACCAAUUCGGGACAGUUCUGUGACUCCAGCUUGAUCAGGAGAACAGUGUCCCUUAAGAAAGUUUCAUGAGUGUUUCUGCCUUUUACUAUUACCAUCAGUAGCAUAAUGCUCAUAAUAAUGAAACAUAUCCUGUAUUUUUUAUUUGGGAAUUUCUGCUAUCUUUUGCUGGCACUCAAACCCUCCAACAACAAUGUCCAUAUGUCAUUUGCAACUGACAUUAAUGAGGUUGAAGGGGUAGAUUGCAAAGAAGACCUUCAAGUUCUCAGCAUAUAAGGCAGUAUGCAUAAAUUUACAGCAAUCUCAACACAUGUUCAACUAAGAGUAGCUGACAUGGAUUCAUACAACAAAAUUACUCAACUUCUCAGGUGCUCCAAGAUGCACUACUGUGCAUAGCAUCCUUACUAGUUGACACAGGAUACUCUGCUUCAUCUACAAUGUCAAGGGAAGGAGGUGAUAUUUUGUUGACUAUGGAUACAGCAAGCAGGUGGACACAGUGAUCAUGAAGUUUUCCCUUUUGUAGCUCUAAUUUAUGUGCUUUAUCUUUUUCAGAUAGUUUUAUCAUUUUAUUACAAUGAUUUUUACUUACUUCUUUUAGCAUAUGAUUUGUUUACUAUUAAACUUUAGACAUUACUCAGUAAUCAUUAAUGGAUGCACUGUAAACUUGCUGUUGAGAAGUAGGAUCAUCUGCUGCUGGCAAAGCCAACUAUGUGGACAAAUAUCAGUACAUCCAAACACUGAAGAAUGUAACCAAUUUGCAACAACAGCAGCAAAAGCAGUAACAAAAUUUUAGUACAACAUUACACGAUUCAGCUGCUAUCAUUUGGCAGUUGGCAGCUGGCUAAGUCAGUUUGAGCCUAGAACUUCUGAAAAUUAAAUUAUACAUUCAGUUCAUUAUUUCUCUUGUGCCAAACAAUGGUAAAUCCAGGAUGGAAUGUAACAAUAUUAUGAAAAGGAAAGUUGCUACUCACCAUAUAGCAGAGAUGCUGAGUUGUUGCAGCUUAUUUUGUAGAUUAUGUGAAUGGUUUGUAGACCUGUCUUUGAUGGGAUAGGUGAUGUUUGUGACUGGAGUAUGUGAUGGUGGAAGGAUGUAUGGGACAGGUGUUGCAUGUAGAUCUAUUACAGGGAUAUGAGCCAUGAGAUAAGGGGUAGGGACCUGGGAUUGUGCAGGUAUGGACAAGUAUACUGUGUGUGUUUGGUUGGGUGGUACUGAGUUAUGAGGGGAAUGCUCCUCUGUGGCUGGACAGUGAGACUUUGGGAGAUUGUGGGAGAUGAGAAAGAUAAGGCACAGGAGAUUUGUUUUUGUACAAGGUUGGGAGGAUAAUACAAUUCUGGGUACACAAUAAUACAAUUUAUAUAUAUAUAUACACACACAAUAAAAUCUAACAUAUAAUUACCUCUUGCUCAAAUUAUCAUUACCCCCUCCAUGAAUUCUUCUGUUGAAUAGUAGAAUUUCUCCCACAGAAUCUGCUGUAGCCUUAUUUUUAAAAUUUUUAACCUCAUAUUAAAUAUGUUUUUGCCCAUUAACUUGUUAUAUAUUGUCAUCCCCAUAUACUGUGGAGUCUGUGCAUAUAAUAUCAACUGGUGUGUGGGUGGCAUAAAAUUAAUUUUAUUUCUUGUAUGAUAUGUGUGGUUAAAAUGAUUCUCUUCAAAUAAAUUUUGUCUGCUAUGUAGGAAGAUUGUAAUUUCAUAAAUGUAUGUGGAGGGAACAGUUACAAUUUGUAGUCAUAAGGCUCUGGCUGUGAAGUACACAUGUAUCUAACAAUUUUCUUUCGCAGUUUUAGUAAUUGAUAUACAUUAUUUGAACUUCCACAGAAAUUUUUACUGUAUCUGAUACCAGGUUCAAGAUAACUAUGAUAAGCAAUUUUUUGUGUAAACUAUGUUAAGUACUCAGAUCAAUGGAAUUUGCUAUUAUUUGCAUUGUAAAUGCUAAACUGCAUAGUGUAUUUGAUAGGAAGUCAAUAUGUGUAUGCCAGCUUAAGUUCUUGUCCACAUGUAGUUCCAGGAAUUUGACCAUGCCAACUUCUUUCAUAGGUCGAUUGUUAUUUCUUUUAAGUUUCACACAUUUUGAAUGUUCGGUUUUAAAAUAUAACCCAUUUAACCAUAUGGGUUUUUGCAAUGUUCAGUUUCAACCCAUUUAACUGGAACCAGUUUUCUAAGGUAGAUCUGUGCUUAUGACAAUGGAGCUCAGAAUUUUUUUCUGCAUCAUCAUCUUCAAUUAAACCAGAAGUAUUGUCUGCAAACAGAUAUGAUGGGGAAUUUGUAUUUAUGAGUAAUCAUUGACAACCAUCAUAUUCAUGUACAAAAAGCUCUUCUUAGACCAACUGAGAAGGCAGUAGUGGCAAGAAGACAUAAUGUAGUCUGAGGUACUGAUGACAGAUAAUUUGUUUGCUAUGGGUGUCGUGAGAAAAAGUGCAUAAAUUGUGGUCCUUCUCUAUGAUUGGCUGCUACAUUCAGAAGUUGUGCACCAAAAUGUUGUUAAUAUUAGAAAAACUAAACAGCAUAUUCACUUGUAUUUCAUAUUAAAGCAUGUCUCAAUAGCAUGCUAUCAUGGUUAUUUGAACAUUUAGUUGAUAAUAAUUAUGGAAAUGUGCAGUUCAUUAUUUUGUUGAAUAGUAGAAAUUAUUUGUGACUAUAAAGUGGAGUGUAAUUGUGCAGUUUCUCAUAUUCUGCUAAUAAAAAGCAAGUGGCAUCCUGUUUAAGCAAACUAA